GUCAUGUGUGUCGUAGCUACGACGUAACCGGAAAGGGCUGUUACUGCUGUCAGCGAAGAACCAAAACAAAAAUAUAACGGGAGCUAUCCAAGCAGUUGAAAGUAACUUAAUAUCUUGUCGACGUGAACUGAAUACAUACAUAUCUCGUCUAUCAGUUGGAGUGAAAACUUUCAUUAUGUCGGCCAUGGAAAAGCAUCUCUUCAACCUCAAGUUUGCUGCCAAAGAGCUCCAGCGUUCGUCUAAGAAAUGUGACAAAGAGGAGAAAACGGAGAAAGCCAAAGUAAAGAAGGCCAUCGCAAAGGGCAACAUGGAAGUGGCUCGGAUCCAUGCAGAGAACGCCAUUCGGCAGAAGAACCAGUCCAUCAACUUCCUCCGAAUGAGCGCACGAGUGGACGCUGUAUCAUCCCGCGUCCAGACGGCCGUCACUAUGAACAAGGUCACCAAGUCCAUGGCCGGCGUGGUGAAGUCGAUGGAUGCCACCCUGAAGAGCAUGAACCUGGAGAAGAUCUCUGCACUGAUGGACAAGUUUGAGCACCAGUUUGAGACGUUGGAUGUUCAGACAGCACAGAUGGAGGACACUAUGGGCAACACCACCACGCUCACAACGCCUCAGAGUGAAGUAGAUCUUCUGAUGCACGAGAUGGCGGAUGAGGCUGGGUUGGACCUGAACAUGGAGCUUCCUCAGGGACAGACAGGAUCUGUGGUCGGUGCCAGUGUGGCCUCAACAGAGCAGGAUGAACUCUCACAGCGGCUGGCCAGGCUACGUGACCAGGUGUAGGGGAUGGAC